GGGCCAAGAAAGACUUUGGAACAGCACAUGGGGUGCCUGAGAAGAGAACAAAGCACCCCACUGCCCCACCCUACAUCUCUCCCUGAUGAUGCACUUAUACUUUUAGCCUGCUAAUACAACACUGUCAGUGUCUUUCAACUGCUCUUUAACGUGCAUCUAGCAGGGUAGUUAAUGUACUCACAUUAUGCUAAUUUCCAUUAGACAAAAGAAAGCAAAGUCCUCCUUAGUCAUAUGGUUUGUCUUGCAUUGCAGUCCUGUACACACCCAAUGCCUGGCCAUCUCAAAGUCGCUCCUUUCUCACCCAUUUUUCUAAGCUUCACAACCCUUCCUUCCGCUAGGCGCUAGCUAGUAGUAAGAAGAAGAAGAAGAAGAAGAAGAAGAAGAAGAAGAAGAAGAAGGGCGCCAUUGAUGUUCUUGAUGCUUACACAGUCGCAAGAUCUCCUCCCUCUUCCCUGGUCCAUUCAGAGAAGAGGACACUGGUUGAGAUGUUCUUGUUGGUGUGAUUGAGCUGGUAGCAAGAGGUCACACUGGUUGGUGGCUCCUCCUCCCUGCAUUCAGCAAAUUCUUGGGAUUUCUUCCUCUCGAGGUGCUUGGUUGCUGGGAGGAGGAAGAGAUGCCGGCCAAGUACUUGCAGGUGUUGGGGGAGGACAGGCGGCCGGAACUGCACCGGCAGACGGGGUGCGUCACCGGGAUCUUUCAGGCGUUCGACCGCCGGUAUCCCCUCGCCGCCCACCAUUCCCACAAGCGCCUUCUUCCCCCAGCCCAUGCACUGUCAAGCAGCCCAAGUGUUGGGGAAGAGCGAACAAGAUAUUCAUCUCAGAUUGUUCUCGACAAGAACUUGAGCAAAAGCUGGAUUGAUAAUCAAAGAGCGCCAUUAACAGUGGAGUUGUCGCAAGGAUCUUGUUCAUCAUCAUCUUGUUCUUCAUUGUCCUCCCUUGAUGGAAACAGAUCAACGCAGCAGGACCUAUCCUCCACUGAUCGAAUGCUCUUCCCGGAGAAGCCGUUCAAAUGCUCACCAAAGCUCAAGAGCUCUUCUGACAGUGACAACGGAGUGGAGAGCUACCUUGAUGAUGCCCUCGCCAAGCUCUCAGCCCAAUCCAGUUAUCCAACUCAUGGUAUAAGAAAUCUUGUAAAGGAUUCAAUAUAUAGAGAUUCCCGCGAUUCUUCGGCCAGAACUUUCACCAAAGAAGCAGAAAAAGAUCACCUAUUCAGCUGUGGAGAUCAACCUAGAAGCUUGGAUGAACCUCCUAGCAGUGCAACCCAAGAAAAAAACAAGGGAACUGUGGACAUUAAUGAAUCCCUCCGGGUUUUAGCCAAGUUCAGGGAGCCCUCUUGGAAUCCAUCUGAAUCAGGUCAGCAACCAAGGCUGUCAUAUGAUGCUCCUCGCUUCUCAUGUGAAGGAAGGGAAUCAGCAUCAAAAUUCAGGGAGGUGCCAAGAUUGUCACUAGACAUAAAGGAAAGCCCUCUUAGGAAUCGUGAAAUCGACUUAAGGUCAAAGCCAAGCAUGAUUGCUGAAGACGGGAGAAGCAGUAUCAAUAGAGAAUUAAAUCCAGCCUUGGAGACCCAGCAAGAACAAAAUGCCUGUAAGCGUCUCCCCAGCGUCGUUGCGAAACUCAUGGGAUUGGAAGCCUUGCCAGAGCAUAAGGACAAUACUGUCAUACCUUCACAGGUAUCCAAAUCAGUUACAGAGAGGAGUGAAGAGCCCAUGCUGAGGCCUUUGAACUUUUCUUCCCAUAAUGAGCCUACUCCGAGGCAACAAAGGAAUCUGGAUGCAACAAUCAGGAAUGUUCCUAACUCUAAGUUCCCUGUCGAAACUGCACCUUGGAAACAGCAGGAGAAGAUUGUGCUACCUAGAAAAUUGCCAAAGGGAUCAAAGGGAGUUCACGGAAAAGAGCAACCUGCUGCUUCGGUUUACAGCGAGAUAGAGAAACGGCUCAAGGACCUUGAUUUUCAGCAAUCAAACAAGGAUCUCAGGGCACUCAAGCAGAUAUUGGACUCGAUGCAAGCGAAAGGAUUGUUGCAGAACAAGAAACGUGAGGAACCAUCUAUGCUGAAGAUACAUGAUGGAGAGAACGAUAACAGAGAGGCGACUGACGUAAACCAGAGACCGAAUGGUACCAGCAACACCCAACAGGCACCUGAAGGAGCUCUAUCAUUUUCAAUGGAAGAAGAGAGCACUACAGAAAGAUGCUUCAAAUCACCUAUUGUCAUCAUGAAGCCUGCAAAAUCUGCAGACUUGUUGAGCAAUGUAGCCGAGGAUUCAACUGUUGAUCCGCUUGGGGGUUUAUCAGAACUACCGCAGCUGCGAACGGUCAAUAGCGCUGAUAAAAAGAAAAGCUCGAAGGCCAUUAAAGCAGCCGUGGAGCAACAUAUGGAACCUAGUUCAAGGGUGCCUGCUCCUCAACCCGUUGCUUCUUUUGACAAGAGAGCAAAUGGAAGGAACGAAGAUAUUAGCAGGAAACAGAAGUCUACUUCACAGCAGAUGACCGAGAGCUCAGCCAGGAGACAGCAGAUGCAAAGAGACAAUAAUGGAAGCUUGUUAAAGCAUAAAAACUCCACUAGCCCUAGAGUAGUACAGAAAAAACAUGAUUUGGAGCGGAGGGCUAGACCACCAAUUCCCUCUUCUGAUUCAAACAAGAACCAAAGGCAAUCUGUGGAAAGGAGUCAUCUGGAUUCAGUAUCACCCAGAAGUAAAUUUAGAAGAAAGCCUGCUCAAGCUCAACAAGUCGAAGAUGGCCAUCAAAAUGGUGUAAGUAGCAGGACAAGGAGCCUGAACCAGCAAGGCAAUGAUAUGUCCGUAAGGUCAGAUGGUAGCAUAAGUGUUGCAUCAGAGCUGGAUGUAGAAGUGACAAGUGCUGACAGGUCUGCAGACGUUAACGUAUCAAGCUCUCGGCAGGGCACUCAGACUACUCCAUCAGGAAGGAAUCCUCAAAAAGUGAAAACCUCUUAUGAUGCAAACAAGGACCUGCCAUCUAUGGAUCCUGCAGCAACUAUUUCUGAACGACCUAGUCCAGUGUCUGUGUUGGACUCUUCAUUUGACCAGGAGGAUUAUUUCCGUACCAACAAGGUCUCAAAUUCAUCUAAUGUUGAUGAUGAGCGCCACCCAUCACCAUCAGAUCAGUCUUCUAAGCCUUCCGACAACAGGCCAGCGCAAUUCGUUACACAGGCCAAGAACAGCAAGCUGGCAAACAUAGCCAGCCUCCUGGAGAAGCUGGAGAAACUGAAUGUAAACAAGGAUGAGGAAGAGGCUCCUCCCGUGGACCACAUCGCCUUCCUGUGCGAGACACCAAGCCCAGACCAUCGCUACGUCUCGGAGAUCCUACUGGCCUCAGGCCUUCUGAUGAAAGACCUGGGUUCAUCACAGAUGCAGCUCCACGCGUCGUCAGGCUGCCCCAUCAACCCUGACCUGUUCCAUGUUCUCGAGCAGCGGAAAUCAGGCUGGGCAUCCAAACAAGCUGGAGCUAAUGAUCCCAAGAGAGCGCACCGGCGGCUGGUGUUCGACGCGGUGAACGAGCUUCUCCUCGAGAGGUUCGACGGCGAGAGCGGCGUCCACUCUUCCGCCGUCGCCGGAGCAAGGGGUCGUCCGGCGAUCAGCAGCGGGCAGCAGCUGGUGAGGAUGGUGUGCUCCGGCAUCGAGCGGCUGAGCAAGGAGAGGUCGCGGAUGCGCCAGGAAGAUGGCGGCGGCGGCGUGAUCCCUGACGGCGACAUCCUGCAGAGGCUGGAGGGGUGGUCGCCGUGCUUCGGCCGGAGGGAGCUCCCGGCCAUGGUGCUGGAGAUCGAGAGGUCGAUAUUCAAGGAGCUCGUCGACGAGGUGGUGCGUGGCGAGUCCGCCGACGGUCGGCCGGCCAAGGCGGCCGGAAGGCGCAGGAGGCGGCUCUUCGCUUGACGUGACGUCACCACAGCGGAUAGUAUGGUGACGUCAAGAGUGUGCAGUGAGUAUUACUGUCAUAGUAUUGUGGAGUCCUCACUAGUUAAUUUUCAAAUGAGUGAACUUUUGGGAAAAUUCGGUCUAUAUCUCUCUAUAUAUAUCUAACGAAACUUAAGAGCUUCUUUGGAACGUAGGUUGUUUUGAAUAGAAAAAAAUGCAGGAGGUGAGUGCCAUAUCAACUUAAAUCCUAUGGAUUAGAGAAACAUAAAAGAAAACUAUAGGAAUAACCAUUUAAAUCGUGCACGUAACAAGAGCGGGAACUAGAAAAGAGAUUAAAAAAUGAUAUACUUUUUUCUAAAAGGUUGGGCCUCAUGUUCAAAAUACUCCGAAAUUGCUAUGUUAGCAAUAUAACAAAAUUAUAUGU